AGUCUAGCCUACACUUACUUACAAGACCAGGUUGCCCAUCACGCACAACUGUCUUGACGUUAAGAAAACAGAUUUCGAUUUGCCGAAGAGGCGUUCCUGAUGGUCUGAAACCCAACGUAAUCAAAGUGAGCAAAAUCGACCACAAGCCCAAGUCUGCCACAUGGUAGAAUUUGCCAUGUCAUGAGGUCGAUGAGAACUUCGCAAAGUUUCGCGCGCACCUUAAGAUGAAACGCAGCAGUGUCUUUGCGUGCUAUAAUAUAUGCUCCUGAUCUACCUAUAGCUAACAAGUAAAGGUAUUAAUGGGCGACGUCAGGCGAUCAAGCAGAUCGCAUAAACCCAAUGCGCGAUACACGCAAGACCCGCUUGAGGGUGUCGACUUUGAUGAUGAGCCUGAAGAUGGUAGACAGUUUGAGCCUUUACCACUAAAGCAUAAGUCAGGGCAUGACUUUGAUGCUAAUGAUGCGCAAGACAACGAUGACGAAGACGAAUAUGUAGCUGAACGUAGAGACUCUGGGAAAAGCCGUUCGUACAACCACGACGAUGACUCCGUGGAUGAAGACGGGGACACCAAUUCAGGGGCGGAAGAGGUCGACCUGACUCGAGUCCGCGCACCAAAGGAGAUCACUCUCAACGAUGGACGCAAGAGGCCGCUCAAGGAAGACGGAAAACGGUCAAGACUGCUAUUCGAAUUUCACAAAGGUAGCCAUGAGAGACGGUUACACAGCUUCUAUGGGAGGGAUGAGGGCGAUUAUAAGCCUGCCUCUGCAACACGGAAUAUUUCAUACCCGUACCCAACAUUGCCAGCUCGACGAUUGAUUCAAGAUCUCAGUUCAGGCGGCCCAGCGGGAGGCAUGGCGUACAGUCUCUUCCAUCCGGACGAGGCACGAAAGCUGGAGGGAACGACGGGAUGGAAUUGGUACUAUGAGCAUGGCGGACGAAGUGCUUUUCAAGAAAGACAGUAUAUGAAGUCUAUCACCGUAGACGAAGCGCUACCCUAUGUAGCACAGCCAGCACACAAAAGCAUCAAUCUGCUUCUGGGGCCAUUUCGGGAGCCUCAGCUGUAUAAUUUGAGAGUUGGCAAGAGCAUGCGAUUAAAAGAUUCUUGGCCUCUUCCGAAAGUCCCUGACCCAACAUACAAGAAUGGCUGGCUUCUCAACGUUGGGCGGAGGAUACAGGGUAUAGAAUGGAUUCCGAAUCGCAAUUCAGGAACACAGUACCUUUGCAUCUCGAUGCUCCGACAACAAAUUGCCAGACCUCCGCCUGGUGUGAACACCACUAGUGCUUUCAGACCAGGCGAAUCGCACAAGGACACCUUUGAGCUAUGGGCUUUUGAUAUUCCACCUACCAAUGGCCCUAACACGCCUGUACUAAGGCCAGAGCCUCGCCUAGCUAUGACUAUAUGCACAGACUGGGGAUAUCUGAAGGAAUUCAAAUGGUGUCCAUGCCUGAAGCAUAAGAGUCGAAAAUCUCAAGACGACCCCAAAACUACAAAAUUUGGCCUCCUAGCCGGGAUAUGGAGCGAUGGCGCUUUACGUGUGCUUGAUUUAAGCUCUUGUGUGGAAGCCGCAGAGCCGCAGUACCUGCAUAUAUCUAGAGCAGCAUUCGAGGUCCGCAUACCUGGGAGCGUGUGUACAUCUCUCACCUGGCUCUCUAGCAAUGUCAUCGCUGCAAGUGGUGCAGACGGUACUGUCUCUAUCUGGGACAUCAGCCAGGUCUUGCGCUGUGAAGCUCCGCAAACGCCAAAGCCAUUCUUCUACGAACUCAUUCACGACACGUACAUACUAUCCAUCUCGAGUGCUUAUCCAUCCCAUCCGCACCUCGUGACAACAACCUCGAUGGAUGGUUUCUUCUACCUGUUUGAUAUUCGGUCGCCGAAAAUAGAUAAAUCUUGGCCACCGCGGAGUCGCAUUGGACCUCCCACAACAGUCUGGUCAGACCACUGCCAAGGUUGGCUAUCACCAGACGACCACUGUCUUGUGAAAUUAUUCUCCAUGCGGCGCGUCUUCUCAUACGUCGCUGUUGGGAGAGGAGAUGGAAUAGUUGGCUGCUUGGCUACAAGUCCGGUACAUUUGAGCGCUUUGAUGGGUACCCACAGUGGGCAUGUUCAUGUUACAAAUCCAGAGAGGAAAAUAUUCGACUCGAGGACUUUGGCUUGGCAGCAGACAUGGUUUCUGCAUGAGUGGAAGUCAGCUCAGUGCAAUGAGGACGAGUCAGACGCGACAAUGGCCGAUGACGAUGAUUUUGCAAACGGUCCAUUACAUCAUAAGCCAGAUUCGAAAGAAGUUCGAUCAAAGCCUCUAGUACGUAUCACGGAGGGAUAUAAUCCUGUGGAGGUUCAGAUGAACGGAGUGGAAGCGACAGCAGAUGGAGAUGAUUUCGAUGCAUCAUUCACUAUACAUGAGGAGCAGACAGCGAUCACUAGUACAUCAUGGAACCCAAAUCUUAAUUAUGGAGGAUGGGCAGCGGCGGGAAUGGGAUCAGGGUUAGUACGAGUGGAAGAUAUCUCCAUAUAAAGCAAAGAGAGAAGGAAGAUGAGCGUCCGGAAGAAUCCGUAUGUGGGACCCGAGCAAACGGGAUCGGUCCGAACUAAAUUAGUGAGGCAGAUGAAGCAAUCAAACAAACGCCAUUGCUCGUGGAUUCACAGUAUCAUGUACACAGUCGAAUGAAAUAUGAUGAGGCAGCAGAAGCUGAAUCAGAGCUAGUGGUGCUCCAAAGCGUCAUGGUGAAGUUGAUCUCUCAAACCCACUUUGGAUACAGGGCAAGGAUCGGAUAAGAAGCCACAAAAGCAUUUUCCAAACAGCAAAUCGAGGUCUCGAACGAAUAAAUGGAGCAGAAACGUAGUCAAACCGUCAAGUAGGAAAAAACAAAGCUAAGCCGGCAGUUCUUUCAAUCAUCCGUAGCAUAUCCUGUUCCACGCUGAAACGACGGGUGUGGGACAGGUUGUCUGAAUGAGCAUAGUACAGAAUGUCAGGCAAGGAUUCGUCUCUCCAAGGC